AUGCCGUACGCAAAUCAGCCGAACAUCGAGGUAACAGAGCUCAACAACGACGUCAUCAAAUUUGUGCUCUGGGACACGGAUUUGAGUGUGGCCAACUCGUUGCGACGUGUUUUUAUUGCAGAAGUGAGUGUUUUUUUCGUGAAAAAAUGUUGUUUUUUCAAUUUUUUAGGUUCCUACAAUCGCCAUCGAUUGGGUCCAAAUCGAGACGAACACUUCGGUACUUCACGACGAAUUCAUCGCCCACCGCAUGGGUCUCAUUCCGUUCAUUUCCGACUUCCAUGUCGAACGAAUGCAGUACACCAGAGUCAGUUUUUGCAAUUUUUGCAAUUUUUAAAAAAAUUUUACAUUCCAGGACUGCGAUUGCGCGGAAUUCUGCGACGAGUGCUCUCUUCCGUUUAUUUUGCAAAUGAAGUGCAAAGACGAGGCGACGUUGGCCGUCACCACUGAGCAUUUGCAACAGUUGGCCCAGGACGGGGUUGGUUUUUUUUAAUGGAAACGUGUAGAAAAUGCCAAAUCAUUUAUUGCAGACCCUCGCGACAGUGCGCCCGGCGUGCGGAAAAGCCCUUCGCGAACGUGGCCCCGGCCGCGACGACAUCCACAAUCGCGAGGAGAUUCUGAUUGUGAAGCUGCGAAAGGGACAGGAGCUUAAUCUGAAGUGCUACGCGAAGAAGGGAUUCGGAAAAGAGCACGCUAAGUGGAAUCCGACGUGCGGCGUCGCGUUCGAGUACGAUCCGGACAACGCGCUCCGCCACACCAUCUACCCGAAUCCCGAGGAGUGGCCCAGGUGAGGAUAUACAUUUAUAAUUAAUUUUUUCAACUACAUAGCCGUUUUUUUUUAGACAUUUCCUUCAUUACUGCUAAUUUUUCUUUAAUUUUAGAUGAAAUUCAGUUGUAAAACUAUACUGACUUAUCCGAUCAAAAUUAAAACUUUUCAGAAGCGAUUAUUCGUCUCUGCCGGAGGAUAGCACCGUAAAGGAGGCGCCGUUCGAUCCGAACGGGAAACCCAACAAAUUCUGGUUCUCCAGUGAGUCAAAUGGCGAAUUUCUAUUCUAAAAUUCAACAUGCUUCAGUCGAAGGCACCGGAGCGCUUCCGGCGCAAAAAAUCGUGACGAUGGGCAUUGGAAUUCUGAAAAGAAAGCUCGAGGAGCUGAAUACGGCACUGGCGACGGAGCUCAAGGCGCACGCACAACAACAAUAA